GCCGCGUCCACUUCAGAUCGAGUACAACAGUGGCUUGUCAGAAGAAGACAACGAGAUAUUCGAGGAUCUUGGCCUACCGGGACAUCAGAAGGUCGCGGAAACAGUUUUCGAAGACCCGGAAGAGGCCGGCAUUCGACCCCGGCUCCUGGUUCCUUUGCAGUCCGUGCUCGGUCUAAAGGCUUUGUGUGAGCGGGAGUACAUCCGCACGGAGACGGUGACCGAGAUGCUGAAUCAGUGCCGCACCGCUUACUACAAGGAGCUGCUCUAUCUCCGAGAGCAACUCAUCCUGGCAGCAGAACCGGAGAAACAAAUGCUGCUGGCGUCUGUUCAGAACUACGAGGUUUACUACUUCAACCCUCCAGCCUACGUCGACGAAGACCUGAAAGAAUACAUUAUGAACUGCAGCAGAUGGACCCACAAGAAGCUGAUAGAAGAGAACUACGAGCUCCAGAUGAAGCUUGCAGGACAAGAGGACGUCUUUGAGAAUGUGGACUUUUGCCUGAAAGGGCUCCUUCGGAGACACGGGACAUACAAAGUCUUCAAGACCAUGCACAACAUCGUAAAGAAUGCCAAGGACCUCUUCAAUCCUGAGGACAUGAUCCGCAAGAAAGAGAUGGAGGGCCUGAAGCCCAUCGACGAAUUGCAGGCAGCUGUCGUCGAGCUCUUCCCGAACCUCAAAGCCAAAGAAGACAAUUCGGGUCUCCUCCUGGCAGAGAUCGAGGAGCUCCAGCAGUCCGUGACCCAGUUGAGAGCAGAAUUGGCCAAGACGAAGGAUCUCCUGGAGAAGGAAAGAAAUCGUGCCAACGAGCUGAAUCGGAAGUGCGAUGAGCAGAAGCAGCUCCUCGAAAAGCCGCGUGCGGAUGAGGUGGAAGUCGUGAAGACUGUGGACAACGAAGCAACCUUGGAGGAGCUGAAGCAGCUCAAGGAGCUCAGGCAGGAAAUGGAACAGGAGGCCGAGGCGCAGGCAAGACGGCUGCGAAAGCAGCUGGACGAGUUCGCCGCCGCCAAAUCCUUACCCUCAGGAGGCUCGAAGGCGGAUCCCAAGAAGCAUCUGCAGAAACUGGACGAGGCAAUCUCCGACGCUGAGCGGCUCUUUCAAGCAGCUGCGAGCUUGUCGGCGCAGCAGGUGGUGACGAAAGUCCAGGGCGCUGCCAAACAAGUGGUGGACAAAAGUGGAGAAGAAAAGGCUUUGAAGGAGCUGCAGCAGCUCAGACAAGAGCUGGAGGCUUUGAAAGCCAAGCUCGCGGCUGCCGAGAAGCGGGAGCGCGAAGCCUUGCAGAAGCUCAAGGAGCUGCAGACCAGGCCCGACAAGGUUGAGAAGUCGGACUCAGCGGGACCCGUUCCCGACGAUUACGAAGAAAUCAAGACGCGCCUGGAGCGGAAAAUCGCCAGGAUUGCCGAGUUAGAAGCUGAAUUGGACCAGACGAAGCGGGACUUGCGAGCUGCCAAUCGCAAAGUUGAAGAGCAGGAGCUGCUGCUUCAAGAGAAGGGCCGGAAGGAUGCAGAAAAGGCCAAGCAAUUGUCCGACCUCAUGGAGAAACUUCGGAAGUCCGAAGAGGAGGCCGACAAUCUUGGAGGCAAGCUGUACAAUGCCCAAGAGAAGAUCAAGAAGCUCAAAGAAGAGAUCCGGGACCUGAAGAACAAGCUAGGAAUCAAAGUGGAGGAAAGUGAGGGGGAGGAAGAGGAGGAAGCGGAGGAUGCGCCGAGCUUCAUGAGCCGCUAUGCCAUCCGAGCGAAAAACAGUGGAAAGCCGCGGUGGAUGCUGCUGAGCGAG